ACAAGCAAAGAGCCUGUGACUCACUGACACAUCACAGAGAGUGAGUCCGAUGGGCUUUCACAGUGCCAGUCUCUUCUUCAUAGUCCAGCUGUGUCUGCAACCCUAACCCAGAAGAAGUGAAAAAAGGUUCCAAUUUGAAAUCACAGCUUUAGUAGGGAUCGUUUUGUUGGUGGGUCACUCACAAGUGCACUGCAAGUGUACGUGUAUUGUAAGUACUUGAAUUAAACAGUCAGGUAGGAAUUUUGCCACAAGAGAAGAAAAAACCCAUAAAGGGAAGAGGAAAGCCAUAAAGGAGAAGAAAAGAAAGCUUUUUGUUUGUUUGUUUGGUUGAAGGAUUGGAAAUGGAUGGAGGGUCAGGCCAUGGCUUUGUGCCUCCUUCGGCUUCUUUUGAUAAAUCUCGAGUUUUGGAUAUCAAGCCUUUGCGGAGUUUGGUUCCGGUGUUCCCUAAUCCGCCCCAAGCGCCCCCGUUUGUGUGUUCACCGCCCUUUGGGCCGUUCCCACCUGGGUUUACUCCAUUUUAUCCAUUUAGCGUGGCGCAAGGGCCUCAGAGUUCACCUGAGUUGAACCAACACAAAACCCCAACUGGGGCUACCAAUCAUGAAACCCCAAUAUCAGCUUCUGCUAAUUUGUUUAGGACUCCGCCCCAUUUUCCUGGGGUGGUGAAUGGAGAUGCGGAAACCUCCAGAGAAUAUGGUGUGCAAUUUCUAAAUGAAAAUUCGAAUAUGGGGGUAAAACAGGAUGGGUUCUUUGAUGACCCAAAGCGAGCAGCUCCUCAUUUGCGCGCCUCCAAUUCCUCUCGGAAGAAGGCUAAGAAAAGCAAAGAUGUGGAUAUUUCUUUAACAGUUGAUAAUGAGAAAGGAUCAAGUAAGAAUUUUGUUAUGAGAUUUGACUCACUUCAAUUGGAUGAUGGUAACAGGGAAAUGGUGAAUUAUGUACUUAUGACAUUUGAUGCACUUCGAAGAAGACUUAGUCAAAUUGAAGAGGCUAAGGAAUCACCUGGUGGAGGUAUUAAACGUGCAGAUUUAAAAGCUGCCAAUAUUUUGAUGAGCAAAGGGGUUCGGACAAACAUGAGGAAGAGAAUUGGAGUUACUCCUGGUGUUGAGGUUGGUGACAUUUUCUUUUUCCGGAUGGAGAUGUGUUUGGCUGGAUUACAUGCUCAAUCUAUGGCUGGGAUUGACUACAUGUUUGUCAAGGGUGGUUUAGAAGAAGAGCCAGUGGCUGUAAGCAUUGUCUCGUCAGGAGGAUAUGAUGAUGAUGCAGAUGAUGCCGAUGUUUUGAUCUAUAGUGGCCAGGGUGGUAAUGUAAACAGGAAAGAUAAGCAAGUGGCUGAUCAGAAGCUAGAAAGGGGCAAUCUUGCUUUGGAUAGAAGCUUUCACCGAGCCAAUGAAGUAAGAGUUAUCCGAGGGGUGAAAGAUGUAGUUAAUCCAUUGUCAAAGGUCUAUGUCUAUGAUGGUCUUUAUACAAUCCAGGAGUCAUGGACAGAGAAAGGGAAGUCUGGUUGCAAUAUGUUCAAAUAUAAAUUGGUCAGAAUACCUGGGCAGCCUGGUGCUUUUGCUCAUUGGAAAUCAAUUCAGAAAUGGAAGGAAGGUUUCUCUUCAAGGAUUGGACUUAUUCUUCCAGACCUGACAUCUGGGGCAGAAAGUAUACCAGUUUCACUUGUAAAUGAUGUUGAUGAUGAGAAGGGACCUGCUCAUUUCACUUACUUUCCUACUCUCAGGUAUUCAAAAUCAUUUAACUUAAAACACCCUUCUUUUGGUUGCAACUGCCAGAACGCAUGCCUCCCUGGUGAUCUCAACUGCUCUUGCAUUCGGAAAAAUGGUGGUGAUUUUCCAUAUACCUCCAAUGGGAUUCUAGUUGCCAGGAGGCCAUUAGUACAUGAGUGUGGUCCCACAUGCCCAUGCAUUCCUAACUGCAAGAACCGAAUGUCCCAGACUGGUUUGAAAGUACGCCUAGAAGUGUUCAAAACCAAUAAUAGAGGUUGGGGUCUCCGGUCAUGGGAUCCAAUCCGCACUGGUACUUUUAUUUGUGAAUAUGCAGGUGAAGUCUUGGACAAGGUUAAGGUUUAUCAAGAGAGGGAUGAAGGUGAAAGCAAUGAGUACCUCUUUGAUACAACCCAUGUUUAUGACAAUGCUUUCAAAUGGAAUCAUGAGCCUGGGUUACUGGAUGAGGAGCCAUCUGCUGAGCCUAAUGAGUAUUAUGAUAUCCCAUCUCCUCUAAUUAUAAGUGCAAAAUAUGUUGGAAAUGUAGCUCGAUUUAUGAAUCAUAGCUGCUCUCCUAAUGUCUUUUGGCAGCCGGUUCUAUAUGAACACAACAAUGAAUCCUUUCUCCAUAUUGCAUUUUUUGCAAUCAAACACAUUCCUCCUAUGACAGAGUUGACAUAUGAUUAUGGGAUGUUGCAAUCUGAAAAUUAUGAGGUCCAGAGUAACCAUACUCCAAAUGGGAAGAAAAAAUGCUUAUGUGGAUCGUCAAACUGCAGGGGCUAUUAUGGUUGACCAUUAAGAAAUGCACUCUGAUGGAGUCCACCAGAUUAAAAGAUAUUACUUUUGUGGAUAUGAGGCCAUGAGAGUUAUUAAAUUCAGGGUUGAUUGGAAACAUGGAUUUGUUGGUUGACUUGUCAUACUUUUUUGUUGACUCAACUUAUACCAUCUCCUUUUCAGGUGCAAUUAUACUAUAAUGUUAUAGAUGUUCCAAGUUUUGCUUCUCAUAUUUAUUGUUUAUUUUCCAUUUUGUAACAGAAAGAUGAACUAGGGCAACAAACUCCUCAUGAUCCUGUUUACUAGUGCAGAAUUACUGAGCAGGCGCAUAUCAUCUCUUGGAUUACCAGCACCAAACUUGGUUAUAGCUAGGAUUAGACCUGCAAGCUUUGGUUUCUAAAAUUGUUGACAACUAUUUAGCAAAGUUAAUUGGUGCUUAAAAUAUUAACUUGUAAUACAGUAGAUGGUUGUUUCUAUCUAUGAGAAUAGCUGUUUUUAAUUGCUCUUAUAAUGGGUUUUUUCUUGUAAGAGUCCAGUUGUCUGGGAUUGUUAAUACCAAAGCUUCCCAAUGCUGUUUCAUCAGGUCAUGUAUGUAGUUGAUCAAAUCUUGACCACCUUGAUCGUGGGGUUUUAGGGAGCUUAAUAUAUGUACAGGUUUAGGGUACUAAUUUGGCCAAUGUAUAUCACUCAUCUCCUCCCUCCCCUUGGAUUGGUCUUUUUGUAUUAAUUCUUGACUAAUGAAAUCUAUGACAAAAAGUUAAUGAAAUUCUCGGAA